AUGACAGACAUUUCCAGUCUUUUGAAGAACCUAAGUCGCAGGGACCAACUUGACUAUGGUUUAACUGUGAUAGUUGUAUCCUCUGUUUGUUGGUUUCUUUGGCUUUACACCAAAAACAAACGGCGGUCUCCACCGUUGCCGCCGGGACCUUGGGGCCUUCCCAUUAUCGGAAACCUUCCAUUAAUUCAACCGGAGCUUCACACCUACUUCCAAGGGAUGGCUAAAAAGCACGGUCCCAUUUUCAAACUCUGGCUCGGGGCCAAGCUGGCAAUUGUGGUCACAUCUUCUGAAGUAGCCCAAGAGAUUUUUAAAACAAAUGACGCAAACCACGAUGUCCCAGCCGUGGCUCCGGCCAAUACGUAUGGUGGUAUGGAGAUCAUUUGGUCGCCGUAUGGACCAAAGUGGCGGAUGCUGAGGAAACUAUGUGUUAAUAGGAUACUGAGCAAAGCCAUGUUGGAUUCCUCCACUGAACUCCGUCGACAAGAGACUCGGCAAACCGUCCGGUAUUUGGCGGACCAGGCUCGGGUCGGUUCGCCGGUUAACCUGGGAGAACAAAUAUUCUUGAUGAUGUUGAAUGUUAUUACGCAGAUGCUAUGGGGCACAACGGUUAAGGAAGAAGAGAGGGAUGUUGUUGGGGCCGAGUUCUUAGAGGUGAUUAGAGAGAUGAACGACCUCCUGCUAGUGCCCAAUAUCUCCGACUUUUUUCCGGUUUUGAGCCGGUUUGAUCUUCAGGGUUUGGUUAAGCGUAUGCAAAGACCGGCUCAAAGGAUGGAUCAGAUGUUUGACCGGAUCAUCAACCAACGGCUGGGGAAGGAUAGGGACAGUAGUGAUGGGAGAGCUGGGGAUUUUCUUGAUGUCUUGUUGAAAGUUAAGGAUGAAGAAAAUGAAAAGACGAAUUUGACCAUGAACGAUGUCAAGGCCGUGCUCAUGGACAUGGUGCUCGGUGGUACAGACACAUCACUGCACGUUAUAGAAUUCGCGAUGGCCGAGUUAUUACACAACCCGGAUAUCAUGAAGAGAGCUCAACAAGAGCUUGACAAAGUUGUGGGCAAAGAAAAAGUUGUGGACGAAUCUCACAUCUCUAAACUUCCAUACAUUCUUGCCAUUAUGAAAGAAACUCUAAGGCUUCACACGAUUAUUCCACUCCUUGUUCCUCGCCGACCGUCAAAAACCACCGUGGUGGGCGGCUUCACCAUCCCUAAAGAUUCAAAGAUUUUCAUCAAUGUGUGGGCGAUCCAUAGGAACCCCAAUGUAUGGGAGAAUCCACUAAAGUUUGAUCCCGACAGGUUUCUUGAUAAUUCUUAUGACUUCAAGGGAAAUGACUUCAACUAUUUACCGUUUGGGUCUGGGCGUAGAAUAUGUGUGGGAAUGGCCAUGGGCGAGAGGGUUGUUCUUUACAAUCUCGCUACGUUUUUGCAUUCUUUUGAUUGGAAAAUUCCACAAGGAGAGAGAGUGGAGGUGGAGGAGAAGUUUGGGAUCGUGUUGGAGCUAAAGAAUCCACUUGUUGCCGCGCCCGUACUAAGGUUGUCCGAUCCAAAUCUUUAUCUUUACAGAGCGUGAUUCCGUUGCUCUUGUUAGGUCGAAAAUUAGACUGAACUCAAAUAAUUGAGGAGAAGUCUCGACCUUUGUUUAACUGAAAAAGCAGGAGUGUGCUAGUAAGGGUCAUAACUCCUAUAGAGUUUCAAGUUCAACACAAAGAAAUACUGAAUGUUAUACAGCGGGCUUAUUUGUGUUCUGUAUGAUUUAAUAAAAGCCGUACAAUGUCUUUAUUGCGGGAAUAGAUUCUCCAUAACUUAUAUGUGUUGUAUCUUGUAUGAUUUUAA